AUGGCUAAUUUUGAUGAACUAACUAAGAAUUUGACUAACAUUUUGAUACGACAAUUAUGUCCGUAUCUAAAGAUAAAAAAAAGAUCAUCUGAUUUAGACGCAUCAACAAAGGUUUUGGUGGCUCUUAAUUUUUUUGCCACUGGUAGCUACCAGACCCCAGUUGGUAAUAGCCGAUUUACUUCGAUAUCUCAGAGUUCUGUAUCUCGAUGUAUCGAAGAAGUUACUACUGCAUUAAACGAGGAUGAUAUUUUUGGUUCUUGGGUAAAAUUUCCUGGUAAUAUAAGGGAACUUAGGAAAGUCCGCAAUGAAUUUUAUGAAACAACUGGUUUUCAAGGUUGUGUUGGAUGCAUUGACUGCACACAUGUGGCUAUUAUUCCACCUAUUAAAUAUCCAUUUAAUGCAAAUCCUGAAUAUAUUUAUAUUAAUCGAAAAGGAUACCAUUCAAUAAAUGUCCAAUUAAUAUGUGAUGCAAAGCUCAGAAUUUUAAACGUUAAUGCAAUUUUUCCUGGGUCUACAAAUGAUUCAUUUAUAUGGAACAGUUGUGAUGUACUUCCUGUAGUAGAGCAACUUUAUACAAAUGGUGAUUCUGGAUAUGCAUUACGCCCUUGGUUAUUAACACCUUUUAAUAAUCCAGUUACUGAUGUUGAUCAGUACUAUAAUAAAAUGCAAAUGUCAACUCGAAGUAUCAUAGAAAGAAGCAACGGGGUUCUUAAAAUGAGAUUUAGAUGUCUUCUUAAACAUAGAUUUCUUCAUUAUCAUCCAGAAAAAUGCACUAAAAUUAUAAAUGCUUGCACAGUAUUACAUAAUAUAUGUAUAACAAACAAUGUACCAUUGCCAGUAGAAGAAGGGCCAAUAGACAUUGAUAUGGGUAUAAUUUAA